AUGGGUGUAUAUCGUUUUUUUUACUUUACAUUUUUUGGGUGUUUUUUAACCACUCACACGGUUUCAAUCAGGACCAGGCGCCCGAACAUCGACGACGACACCGCGAGCAUCGAGAUGUUCGAGGACUGGAUGAAGUCCGCGACGUGGAAGGGCAAGAAGGCGGUCAAGGACGAGGAGCCGACCGUGCCGAUGAAGCGCCGCAAGCUCGAGAAGGCUGACGACGACGACUCGCCGCCGCUGAAGGAGACCAAGAACCACGACUACGCCAGCAUCGUGAAGGCCUCGAACAAGUGGUCGGCCACGAUCGCAGCCGUUCGCUCCAAGAUCAAGUCUGGCGACAAGCUGUCCAAGCCGACUGUGAAUGCGCUCAAGGAUCUCGCCCAGCAGUUCGAGACCGUCCGUAAGGCGUGCCUCUCGGGCAGCUCCAGCUCGAAGGCAAGCGACAAGAACCACUUGAAGGAUCAGGUGAAGCAGUUCACCGCACUCGAUAAGGAGGCCACUAAAAUCAUGAAGAAGGCGAAGGCCCUCGCGAAGUGA